AUGUCCAGCCCGAGUCGCCAGUCGCAAAUUGGCGCACCACUUGCCCCAGUAAUAGAUCACAACCGCCAUGACUGCCACCUCGCUAGCACCAGCACCGUCCAUGACCCGGUAGUAGUGCCACCAGCAUCAGAAUCAGCAACCACAACCGUCACCCCGGCGCCAGAAACACCCACAAUCACCUCUCGUCCCGAUCGAAUGGUUGCCUCAGACCCUCUGCCGCACGCAGAGUCAAAUUCGGACCUUGCUACCGGCCCAACUCACACCCUUCACGCCGUCCACGACCCUGACGCUCAACAACACCAUCCUCACGCCCAUCCAAGUCCAAAUCUGCACCACCCGACCCAGACCAGCACAUCCACGCCUGUUUCUGCACUCACGCCUCCCUCGACCCAUGCUGGGGCGCCUCAUCCUCCUUCACAUCCUCCUGCCAUUAAUACUGCUUGUCAAUCUCUGCCGCCUUCACACCCCCCACCCCUGUCCGCUGCGACACCGCUUCCCACCAUUCCGGCAGCCCAACCAGGCACACCUGCCGACGCUGCUGAUAUAAAGCCCCGGCCUGCCCGCCCCGUCCCCGUUACCGCUGCCAACGCUGCCAACCCCGGUUCUAGCUCAAAUAUACUUCAACGUCCACCUGCUACUCCCUCGCUUCUCUCCCAGGCUCUCGCAACUGCUCGCGGCAUCCCUUCCAAGCCUACAUCACCACAGCUCGAUAGUACGGACAAAAAGCGCCACACGGCGACACACCAGCCUGCUACUGCACAACAACUAGGCAGAGACAAUAGAAAUAUUGUCGCUAAUAGCGUCAGCAUCACAUCCGACCACUACACCCAACAGCCCGGGAACGACCAGUCUUCUCAACAUGGCGAACCAGACAGCUCGAUAACACCCUACGAUAAUAAGAAGAAAGAGUCGAGGCCCGCCAUGACCUUUUCUGCUGCACCAUCCAUGACCGCGCCAUUCACCGGCCGCGAUGCGAUGCCAGCCGCCGCUCCCUUCUCCGAUCAAACAAUUGCACAAAUUCGCGAGUCGCUCCUGGAACACAGAGAUUUUCUUGAUCGAUCCCGCGCCCGCGCAUCCUCCUCUCUCGAAAUUGACCGUAACACCUUUGAGCUGUCAUCCAACCACCCCUUCUCCUACUCUACAAGUCCCGAUGAUCUGGCUGCCGCCACCUCGAGUUACUAUUUUGACCGCACCACUACGUCGCCUUCGAAAUUGCGAGACGCCGUCACGGCCUCCGACCUACGAAACCAGAACCGCAACCAUGGUAUUGACAACCGCCAUGCAAAUGCACCGGAGAAGACGGAAAAGAUCUGGUCCAUUGGCGCAGGUGAGGGUAAUGAAGAAGAUGGCCUCGUCGAAAAGUCUGUCGCCGAGGCUAUGGCUGGCGUUGAACACAAUGCCCGUAGCCGCAAGGCGAGUUACAGCUUGCGCUUCUUCAAAGAGGCGUUACCAGACGAGGAGAAACCCCGUCGUAAAGAGAUAAAAGCUGCUCGCGAAAAAUUGACACCAACUACUGAAGAAUUAGAACAGGCUGUUUUUGAUUCCUCUAGCGUCUCGGACGGCACCACAGUGGAUGAGGAGCUGCUCCCGCGGCAGCAACAGCCACACAAAGCGGGCGACAAGACACCGGCAGAAACUACAGGUGACCCCGAAUCAAUUGGUUAUUUUAAUGUCGACCAGGAUGACAUCGCCGGCGACGAGACACCUGUCGUGCGAGCCUCGGACGACACACAAACCGACGCCAAUUCUGUACCGCCACUUGAUGUGGGGCCGGUGCCAGAACCCGUUGGCGCACUCAAUGAUCACCUGCCCUCGCCAACUACACCAAAGGGUCGGGACUCGUGUGACAGUGGCGACGGCGAUGCGGACGAGUCAGGCGAGGAGAAAAUAUCGUCUGCUGUCUUUGUUCCCCACCAAGAACUAAGCGACGACCCAAGAGAUGAGGCAGAGAGCCCUGGCUCCGAGCAGCCUCCCCGUCCCCGCGCACCCUCCCAAAACCAACCUCACCCGUGGCUCGUCAAGGCCGACGAGCCAGAACCCGAAAUCAGGGAGGAAGAUGGAAAGUCGUACGAACUGCCGCUUCGUCGAUCGCGAGAAAAUUUAGUAUCCCGACGCGUUGAGCAAGACGCUGCGCAGCCCGCCGCCCGGCCGAUCGAAGUCGAUAUUGAAAGCAAGACGGCCAAACCAACUGGCAAGUCUACUCGCAUCAUAACACCGCACGAGGAGCAUGGCCACGACCACACUCAUUCUCAUAGCAGGGAACCGCUCGAGGCAAUCGAGCUUAUUCCUUAUAAGCACCAGGUUGGCGGCCACACUACGAUAUGGCGAUUCUCCCGCCGUGCUGUGUGUAAGCAGCUGAACAAUCGAGAGAAUGAGUUUUAUGAAACUAUUGAGAGAUACCAUCGGGAUCUACUACCCUUCCUUCCUCGAUACAUUGGCGUCUUAAAUGUGACUUUUCAGAAGCAGCCAAGACGCAAGAGCAUUUCCAAGAAGGAAGACCAAGCCGCCGUAGAGCGCAAAAAGCUCCAGAGCGCCGCAGCUACGGAAAACCCGGCUAACAAUGACGCUGUUGAGACAACCACCGUCACCAACGGCACUGGUCCUGGUGGAGCAAUUCCAAAUAGGGUCAUUAGCCAAUCACUUGCCCACUCAGCUCUGCAAAUCCCGACUGUUACUUUUGACGACAAUAAGCACAUUCUUCCGCGACAUCUGCUGCAGCCGACGCCACCACCAGAAUAUUUUCGCAGAAGAAGCGCUUCUUCGGCCAAGACUUCGCCGCCCCAAGCAUCAUGGACGACCAGCCAACGACCGUUUCUUGAUAACAGACCCAACAGCUGGGGCGCGACAACCAUCAACAAGCGACUGCGCAACGAAGUAUUCAACGAUGCAUUUCUCAAGGAGCCUGUCGAGGUCCAGAAGCACCGACGCCCACAUCAGCGCUCUAUUCCUCGACCAACGCUGCAGAGAUUGAUUCGCCCAAGCAACUCGGAUCCAAACCUGAGCCGAGCCGUGCCGUUGGAGAAGCCCUCACCGCCAGCAUCCGCUCUCGUGCUGCCGCCACCCUCGAUGCCAACCGAGACAAAAAGUGACCUAGGGCGACAGUCGCCUUCGCUGCUUCUCGCUGCUGACCCCGAACCAGAAAAAGAGGUUCAGGAUGUUACGGGAACUAGCGCGCCCGAGCCUGAAAUUCUGAAGAAUAACCCUCUCGCUGCUAAGAAGAAGCGACGAUACUCUGCUGGUGGUCUUCGGAGAAGACCGCAAGAUGUACGCGAGUCGAGAGGAAAUCUCAAGUACUUUGAAGAGGCAGAUGAUGCCGACUAUCAUCGUGGCAAUAGCAAGACGGCCCAAGAAGACGACAAAUCUUCGUCCGAAACUAACGGCACUUACGAAAACGGCGAUGAGGAGGGCAUGUUCGAAUCCGACAUUGUGGAACCCAAACGUAUUCCUCAGAAACUCGAUCUGUCGUAUUCUACGGCAUGCUCCACGGUUGCCUCAGAAUUUCCUAGUCCAACCAUCGAAUUCAAAAAGAUCCCGCGACCUGUGAACCCGAAGGAGGCCAAAUCGCAGCGUGACCGUAACGAAUACUUUUUGUUGUUGGAAGAUCUCACUGCAGGGAUGAAACGCCCAUGCAUGAUGGACUUGAAGAUGGGCACACGACAGUACGGUGUGGAGGCGACGCCCAAGAAGCAGAAGUCGCAACAAGAAAAAUGCAGAACGACUACUUCUCAAGAACUUGGUGUGCGUAUAUGCGGUUUGCAAGUCUGGAACAAUUUGACGCAGAGCUACGACUUCCAGGACAAGUACUUUGGACGCAGGGUGCAGGUUGGCAGUGAGUUUCAAGACGCCCUGCAAAAGUUCCUCUACAACGGUGUUGAUCUGCAGAGUAUCCUGCGUCACAUUCCCGUGAUUUUGCGCAAGCUGGCGCAGCUGGAAAAUAUUGCUCAAGGCAUGCGUGGCUACCGAUUCUACGCCGCAAGCCUGCUCAUGUUCUACGAUGGCGACAUGUCUGACGACGGAGCUGGAGAUGAGACAGUUUACGAGUCGGCGACAGACGCGGCUACGGACACCGAGGACGUACCGCGCCGCCGCAAACGAAACCUCAGAGAGGUCGACUUCAAGGUGGCCGACUUUGCCAACAGCGUGACGCCGUUCGACAACAUUUGUGACAAGCCGUGUCCGCCGCAGCAUCCGGGCGAGGCAGACGGCGGGUUCCUCAAGGGUUUGCACAGUCUCAAGCUAUACUUUUUGCAGAUUCAGCGUGAUAUCCGUGCCGAGCUCGACCUGGAUCCGCUGGGCCGUGGCGCGCUGGAACUGCAAGACAUGGAAGCCCUGCACCUCGAGGAGGAUGUAGGCAUGGUGAGCGUCUAA